UUAAGCUUGAAAAUGCAGGAGAUACUAUGUUUUAAAGCACUUCACAGCCGAUGCUCGUGGAUCUAAGGUAACGUUUGAGAGCGAGCUUUGUCACAGUGUCGAAGCGUGAGAAGAAAGCAUGUACCAUAGGUAGGAGAUUUGAUUAGAGAAAGCCAAUAACAGCACUGUCCCUCGAUUCUUAACUCUCGACGACAUAUCAAAAAGCAAAGUUUGCUAUCGCUGGAGCUAAGAAAUUGAAAAAUGCAAGCCAAACACUCGUCAUGGAGAUCGGAGAUGCAAUCGGCUUUUCUAUCAAUUAUUGGACAGUCACCUGGUCUUUCAUCUUGCAUAGGGGAGAUCAGAGCCAUUGAUUUGCUUUAUAAAUUUAGCUAUGGUUAGAUUCGCGAUGGUUCAAUACUGUCGGCAUCAAACAUGACGGGCCCAUCCACGAUGAGUAGAGAAAAUUGGGCAGUUGUGACUUGCAAUCUCAGGUUUCAACUUCUGGCUCUUGCCACCUCCACAGUUAUCAGAAAUGUUAAUUGGUCUUUCUUCUUUAAGAUGCAAAUUAGAUUGGAUUUAGCAAAUUAGUUAAUUUUUUUAAAAUUCAGGGAGUUUAUAGUAAUUUAUUCUUAUAAUAAUUGUAUAUGAUAUUCUUAGUAGACCCAUUAUUCUCACUUUUAUAUAUUAGAAAUUAUAGCUUUUAUUUACUAAAAUUAUUUUAAAAAUAUAUUUUUAAAUUGUUUUUCUAAAGUUGAGAGGGUCCUCCACUGCAAAAUCAAAGCUACAUUGGCUAUAUAUAUUUAAUAUACAUCCCCAUAAAGAAAUCAUACAGCAAAAUAUCAAUAAGAAAAUGCCCACAAAAUCUCACACAAUCUCCUUCAACAUCUCUGCCUCAUAAUUCUCAAAUCAUGACUUCAUUGGAAAUGCAAACCUUUGAUUUCAACAUGGUUCAGACAGACUCACUUAAGGAUAAUUAUGAUGAUGUUGGUGUUGUGUUCUUGAGUUGGAAAGAUUUAUGGGUGACAGUUGGUGAUGGAAAACUUGGUAAGAGACCAAUCCUUCAGGGUCUCACUGCUUAUGCCCAACCUGGAGAACUUCUUGCUGUAAUGGGUCCUUCAGGUUCUGGCAAGUCAACCCUUCUUGAUGCAUUAGGAGGGAGACUGAGUUCAAAUACAACACAAACCGGAGAGAUCCUUGUCAAUGGCCGUAAACAAGCUUUGGCUUAUGGAACCUCGGCUUAUGUGACACAAGAUGAAAAUCUAGUUACAACGUUAACUGUAAGAGAAGCAGUUUACUACUCAGCUCAGCUUCAGUUGCCAGAUUCAAUGUCAAAAUCAGAGAAGAAGGAGAGAGCAGAGAUGACAAUAAGAGAAAUGGGAUUACAAGAAGCCAUGAACACAAGAAUAGGAGGGUGGGGAGUGAAAGGCCUCAGUGGUGGGCAAAAGAGAAGAGUCAGCAUUUGCAUAGAAAUCCUCACACACCCAAAGCUUCUCUUCCUUGAUGAACCCACAAGUGGCCUUGAUAGUGCAGCUUCUUAUUAUGUGAUGAGCAGAAUUAGUAGCUUGAAAAGUAAAGAUGGAAUCAGAAGAACUAUCAUUUUGUCUAUUCAUCAGCCUAGCUGUGAAGUGUUUCAGCUUUUUAACAAUCUUUGCCUCCUUUCUUCUGGUAAAAUGGUGUAUUUUGGUCUUGCUUCUGCAGCCAAUGAGUUCUUCACCUUCAAUGGCUUCCCUUGCCCAGUCCAUCAGAACCCUUCUGAUCACUUCCUGAAAACCAUUAACAAGGAUUUUGAAAGGGAUCUCGAGCAAGGAUUGAGUGGUGCAAUGCCUACAGAAGAAGUGAUAAAUACACUCAUUCGGUCAUAUGAAUCCUCUGAAACUUACCAACAACUUCAAAAGAAAAUAGCAGAAAUAAAUGAAGAGAAUUUUGGAGCAAUAUUGGAGAAGAGAAGCCAUGCUAGUUUCCUUAAUCAAUGUGUUGUUCUUACAAGAAGAUCCUUUGUGAACAUGUACCGAGACAUUGGAUACUACUGGUUGCGCCUAUUCAUCUAUGUGGGUCUGGCUUUUGGUCUGGGCACCAUAUAUUACGACCUCGGCUCCACCUAUGCUUCCAUUCAGGCUAGAGGUUCACUGCUCAUGUUCAUAUCAACAUUCCUGACGUUCAUGGCCAUUGGUGGAUUCCCUUCUUUCGUGGAAGAAAUGAAGGUCUUUAUACGAGAAAGAUUAAAUGGGCACUAUGGAACGACAACGUUUAUUAUUGCCAACACAUUCUCUUCCUUGCCAUUUUUGUUAAUGAUCUCACUAAUCCCUGGAGCUAUAGCUUACUACAUUACUGGACUUCACAAAGGAUUUGAACACUUUGUGUGCUUUGCUUUCAUAAUAUUUGCUUCACUGCUAUUGGUAGAGAGUACAAUGAUGGCUAUAGCAAGUAUUGUGCCAAAUUUUCUGAUGGGAAUCAUCGCCGGUGCCGGAAUUCAAGGCCUCAUGGCCUUAGGCGGCGGGUUCUUUCGGCUGCCGAAUGACCUUCCGAGGCCAUUUUGGAAGUACCCUUUAUAUUAUAUUGCCUUCCACAAGUAUGCAUAUCAAGGAAUGUUCAAGAAUGAAUUUGAAGGGCUAAGAUUUCAGAGUUAUCAAGGUGCCGGAGGAAGUAGUGCUGAAAUGAUCAACGGUGAAGAUGUUCUGAGAGAUGUAUGGCAAGUGGAAAUGGGCUAUUCUAAAUGGGUUGAUCUUUUAAUCUUGCUUGGAAUGACUAUUUUCUAUAGAUUUCUGUUUCUGAUCAUUAUUAAGGUUUCUGAAACCAGCAAGCUACGACUGUUCAUGGCCAAGAUUUACAGAAUCAUCUAUAGAAGUUAAUAACUAGCUAUAUCAGAAGAAAAUCAACUUGUCUAAUUCGAUCGAAUUCGUAGGAACGCUAUCUUUCAAAUUUUUAAAAAACUAGCAAUGGAUUGUUCUUAGACUUUGCACUUGAUUUUUAGCAAUGGCGUGUUUCACGAUGGCUGUUAAUUUUCGGGGAAGGUUUUUUCAAUGACAGGGAAAGAAACCAACUUCAACCCCUAAUAAAUAUAGAGAUUUUUCCAUUUGAUCA